ACGUUUCUGUUUGAGAUUACAGAGCCAAAAGAGAACUUUCUAGGGUUAGGGUUUUUCACUGCGUACCUUUCCUUCUAAACCAAUCGCUUCCUUCCAAAUUCAGAAAUGCUGCUUUCAUGUGACAGCUAAUAACAAAAGUCGUGAGAAAAUCUUGGAAAUUAUUCGAAGUGGCGAAAGAAUAUUUGGUGUGAGUAUUGGGCUAUUAGUGCCCUGUGGUGGCUUCAACUCCAUGAUCAUUUGCAUUCCAUGGAUCCUUCUUCAGUUCACGCAAAUCCUUCACUUCAACAAGACGAUGAUGAUUGGGAUACUGAGGGAUUUGUGAUUCCAAGCUUUGGUAUUGGAGACCCUGACUCUAGUAAAGCUGAGGCUUCAGAAGUAGACUCCACAGUUUCUUCCGUUAAGGCUAAAAAGGAAGAGCAAAUAUACCUGGGACCCCACGGAGCGCCUCCACAGUCAAAGCAACAAGAGCUGAACUCAUCUGGCCGUAAGCAGCGGUUCAAGCAGAAACUAAAGGAGGCGGAUAGGAGAACCAGUGGGACUGGGCGGGAGAAUAGGUUGGAGAAUCUAAGGGAGCUUGUUGGCGGUGGUAGUGGUGGUGGGAAAGUACCCAACAUGUCGAAGAGUUCCUCCCGGGAUUGGCUUGAUCCACACUGCCAUGAGUCUCAGUUUGAGAAGCGAUAUCGGUACUAGUUCAUCUGUCUGUUCUGAUAGCUUGAGGUUCCUCUGAGAGCUUGUUUUCUGGUUACCUAACUGUGACUUUAAAGUCUAUCACUCUCUCUCUGUCUCGCCCCUUGUAUCCGAGACUGGGGAUACAUCUAUUAUGCAUUUUGAGAAUAAUCCUGUGGUUAGACCUAUUGAGGAAGCUUCUACUGCAUAUGUUAUAUCUAUGAGUUCAAAGAUA